GUAUUAACCGGUUUUCGCACGGGGUAUUAUUGAUGAGAAAUCCAUACGACGCCUGUAUAUCGGAGUACAACAGGAAAACCACUGGACAGAAUCACACUGGUGUCGUUGACUGGAGUGCGGAUAUCACAAAUGAGAGAAAGUGGAUCAGAACUGUACAAAACAGGACCAGGGUAUGGAAAGACGUAGCAACUGCUUGGCUGGAACAUUAUCACCACCCCAUACACGUAUGCUAUUACGAAGAUUUAGUGAGUGACCCCAUCGGGGAAACAGAACGGAUAUUACAGUUUCUAAAUAUCACCGAACGACGAGUUGACUGUCUUAAAAGUAACCUAGAAGGGAAAUUUCACCGUAAAUCUGAAGUGGACAGAUCGCUGCAAUACGCGGCAUUUAAUGAGAAAAUGAGAAGAAAACUAGAUCGUGCUAUCGAAUCGAUAUCCAUCAUGCUUGUGUUGAGGGGGUGGAAACCCAUACCUAGAACCGAAUUAAAAUAUUUGAACAUAUAGUUGUAUACACGUGCAGGGUGGGAAGAUUGUUUUAGUUGUAAAAUGAUUGAUGAUUGGUUAUCACCUGAUUAUUUUGACGUCAUCAUUUACAAAAAAACAUUUGCUGAUGAAAGUUGCUCUGGCUGUAACAAAAUGGUCGGAUGUCGAAUUGUCAAAGAGGGCGGCCUUAUUGAAUUUAAUCUACUGAGUACUAGUAUAUACUAGCGGCGA